AUGGAAGAGGGGGUCAUGUAUGCUGAUCUGCGCUUGCCCCCCGCACCAGCUCCCCAGCAGCCGGUGCGUCUGCCCUGGUGCUGGGCAGCCCUCAGCCUGGGUCUCCUCUCCCUGCUGCUGCUGCUGGCACAAAUCAUCCUGGUCGGCUUGAGCUUCCACUAUUUAGGACAACAGGCGAGCUGCAUCCAUGGGCCCUGGAACAUGGAAUACAGGCCCACUGAUGGGCAACUAGCACUGCAAGGGAAAUGCCAGUUCUGCCCAGCAGGCUGGGUUUGGGAUGCUGGGUGGUGCUACUACUUCUCCUCUGCCAAAAAGAACUGGGAGCAGAGCAGCGAGGACUGUUGCUCCAGAGGGGCACAUCUGGUCACCAACCGAUCCAACACCACUCUGGCUUUCCUGGUGCACACAGCCAACAUGAAGGUCUUCCACAUGGGGCUGAAGUGGGAUAGCUCCAAGUCUGACUGGAAGUGGAUGGAUGGCACCACACUGAACGGGCUCUUCCCACUCAAGCGCCCCACCAGCUCCUUCCUGGGCUGUGGAAGGAUGUCAGGCUCGGGGCUGUCCAGCGGCCUGUGCAGGGAAGCCCUUGGCUGGGUCUGCGAGCAGAGAGCAGUGUCCCUGCAAAAAGGCAGCUGA